AUGGUCUGUAUUUUCAAAUGUUCAGACGGCCAAAGUUUACGUCCGGGUACCAAAGAUCCUUAUUUUGUCAAACAAUUGAUUGCAGAAGUAGUGAAGGAAUUGGUUAAAGUUCGAGCUGAUUUUGCUUGGAAAAAGGAUGAGUUGAUGAAUGGUUGCAGUCCUUUACAUAUAGCAUGCAGCAAAGGGCACUUAGAUAUAACAAGAGAAUUGCUAAAGCUAGACAUGGACCUUUCUGGUUUACAAGAUAAUGAAGGCAAAACUCCACUUCAUUGGGCAGUCAUUAAAGGAAGAGUGAACAUUAUUGCUGAGAUACUCUCUGUGAGUCUUGAAUCUUCUGAAAUGACAACAAAACAUGGUGAGACUAUUCUUCAUUUGGCUGUCAAGAACAAUCACUUUGAAGUACUCAAGUUCUUGAUGGAGUCUCUUGAUGUUUCAAAUCUCAUGAAUUUUCAAGAUACUGAUGGAAACACCAUUCUACAUUUGGCUACUGUUAGGAAACUCACCACCGUAAGUUUUCUUUACUCUAGCCAUUUCAUUUUAUGUGAAGGUGUUUUGAUUGAACGCAUAGAGUUUAAGAAAGACUUUGUUACAUUUUUGUGGUUAUAUGUAAUGUUUGAAUUUGCGGUCAAAACUCAAAAACUUAACAUAGAUGAGUCUUUUAUUAAAAACUCGAUGGCAUAUUUGAGUCUUUUCCCUUAA